GUUGUUGACGUAGUAAUACGGUAUUUUUAGAAAAACAUAAAUCCAAAACAUUUAUGUUUAUAUGAAUUUAUUUACCUGAUAUUGUAACUUUUAUUAGCUGAAAUGUUUUAACAAAUUAAUCUAAGAUUAAGUUCAAUUGUAGUUUUGAAAAUGGCACGUCAAAGAAAAAAUGCUACUAGUCCUAAUAACCCGAACAAUAAUGAAAAGGACAAAAAGAAAGUUCGGAUGAACAAUAAUACAAGCAGUAGCAGUACAGGCAGUCAAACUCCCGUAAAACCAUCGAUAUCCAAUAAUAAGUAUUUCUUUUAUAAUCGGUGGUGGACAAUUUUUGGAUCUUUAGCACUUUUAAUUGCUUCAGUAUUUUGUUACUUAGGUUAUUUAGAAACAAGAGUGAAUACUCCAUUUGACAAUCAAAAAAUGGUUGAAAGAACUGGGCUAGAGGAUUUAGAGAAAUAUUGGGGAUCAUAUAGGCCUGGUCAAUAUUUUGGACUUAAAACACGGGAUCCCUAUUCAUUAGUGAUGGGAUUAAUGUGGUAUUUUCCUUAUAGACUCAAACCUGGUGGGGAGGGCAUUAGACAUUGGUGCGAAAUAGGAGAUAAGUUACAACAAUAUGGCUGGACCAGACAUGAUGGUAGAUCUUUUGGUUUACAGGAAAUCCAUGAUUCCAACAUUGUACUAGAAACUUCAUUUAUAAAAAUACCAGGAAAACAAUAUGGAGGCGAUUGGAGUGCACGAAUAGCUGUUAAGAAUAAAAAUCCUGAAAUAAAAGAUCCGAUUUCAUUAAUUUGGUAUGUAGCACUUGAUGAAAAAACAAACGGUCAUAUAUGGCAAGAUGUUUCAUCAGAAAUUCCGGAAAUAUCAGGUGAAACAACUGGAUUGGGUGAAUUUAAAUUAACUUUGAAUACAAUAAGCGGAAAAGUUUUGCAUAAAUCGUUUUUAAGUACCGUAGCACCAAGCUUACAACAUUUAACUGAAACAAUCAAAUCGUUUUUACGUCUAACAAAUUCUGAAAGUGGUAAAAAAGUAAUUUCGCUGGCUGGAGAAUCAUUGAUAGGACAAAACGGAGAAAAACUUAAAUCGAAUUUUAUAGCUAUUCAAUUGCUUGUAAAUACGCCAUUUACUUUAGAUAUAUCAUAUAAUUCUGUGACAGGAUUUUAUGGAAAUGAACCUAUACCGCAUCCACCGAUCGGGGAAGACUAUACACAACUUUUGAAGAAGAAAAUAGAUGAAUUUGACAACAAAUUUGAAAAAACUUUUAAUUUAGAAAAUAAGAAAUUUUCACAAGAUGAAAUUAAUUUUGCCAAAGCUGCAUUGAGUAAUAUGCUCGGUGGUAUAGGAUAUUUUUAUGGAUCAUCCCGCGUUAAAAGCGUUCACACCAAGGAACCAGUACCUUAUUGGAAAGCUCCAUUGUACACAGCAGUACCAUCGAGAUCAUUUUUUCCUAGAGGUUUUUUGUGGGAUGAAGGUUUCCAUGGUCUUUUAAUUUCGGAAUGGGAUUUGGAUAUUGAGCUAGAUAUCUUAUGCCAUUGGUUCGAUUUAAUAAAUGUCGAAGGUUGGAUACCUCGUGAACAAAUUCUCGGUGUCGAAGCGUUAGCUAAGGUUCCUGAAGAAUUUGUUACACAACGAAAUACUAAUGCCAACCCCCCAACGUUCUUUAUGGUUUUGAAAAAAAUUUUGACAAAACAUCGAGUUGAGUUAUCUACCAAGAAGCGAAUUUCUACUUUAGAACGAUUAUAUCCAAGAUUGCAGGCAUGGUUUACUUGGUAUAAUACUACACAAAAAGGAGAAAUCAUCGGAACGUACAGAUGGCAUGGUCGUGAUGAAAAUUCUAUUAAAGAGCUAAAUCCUAAAACAUUAACUUCAGGGUUAGAUGAUUAUCCAAGAGCAUCUCAUCCAACAGAUAAAGAACGCCACGUUGACUUAAGGUGUUGGAUAACAUUAGCAGCUGGGGUUAUGGCGGAACUUUCAUCUAUAAUUGGACGUGAUGAUAUAAAAUAUUGGGAGACAUAUUCAUAUUUGUCGGAUAACACAUUACUAAAUGAAAUGCAUUUAAGCCCAUAUACUGAAACUUAUUCAGAUUUUGGUCUUCAUACAGAUGCUGUUUCUUUAAAAAGACCCCAACCUACGCCAGAACAAUUGCAACAUUACCAGCAGCCGGAAAUGAUACGUGAAGUAACAAAACAACCUGAAUAUCGUUAUGUUGAUUCAACGUUUGGUUAUGUUAGUCUGUUCCCAUUCAUUUUAGAAAUUUUAGAUCCCAACUCAGCGUAUUUACAUAAAAUUUUAAAAGAUAUGCGUGAUCCAACAAAACUGUGGACAGAUUUUGGAAUACGUUCUUUAUCUAAAACUUCACCAUUAUAUAUGAAAUGGAAUACAGAACAUGAUCCGCCAUAUUGGCGGGGUCAAAUUUGGAUAAACAUCAAUUACUUAGCUUUAAAAGCACUCUAUCAUUAUGGGUCACAACCUGGACCGUAUAGUGAAGAAUCAAAAAAAAUCUAUGUAGAACUAAGACAAAAUAUAAUAAAUAACAUAUUCAAGGAAUAUAAACGGACCGGUUACAUUUGGGAACAAUACAAUGAUAAAACAGGUGAAGGUUCUGGUUGUCAUCCUUUUACUGGUUGGUCAGCAUUAGUUGUAAUGAUAAUGUCUGAACAAUAUUAGUUUGUAUGUUUUAAUUGAAAAAAGGAAAUUGAUUAAAAGUAAUAUAAUAAUUAGAUCAAUAUUAAAAAUAAUUAAACUGUGUUAGUCAAUUUUAAGGGAAAAAAAAAUUUUUAAAGUCUGUUUUUUAAUUAAUAAUUAAUUUGGAAUUGAUAGAUUUUAAAUUAAUUAAUUAAUUUGUAAAAAUUACGUUUUAACACUUUGCAAUGUGCUCAAAACUGUAAAUAAAUGUAAUAA